AUGAGUGUCUGGCGGAGAUUGCAGAGAGUUGGGAAGAAGGCAGCGAAAUUUCAAAUCACUGCUUCUUUACAUGAACUAAAUAUCGAAUGCUCACGCCAAUACCACCCUGGGAGUUUAGUUUUGGUUUGGUCUCGUCGAAGUCGUCGAUAUUCAUCUAAGGCAUUUGAACCUACUAAAACAUCAGAUGAUUCGAAUUCAUUUAAAUAUGUAUGGUCGAUGCCAGAAAAUAUAGAAUUUGUUACUACCUUAUAUCGUAGUGAAAAAGUAAUACAGUAUGAAGAAAAAGAAUGGAUAUGUCAAAUUGAAGAUGUUGGACCUAAAGGUACUGGUUUACUUUCUGGGUCUGCAACAUCCUCCAGACGACGUGUACUAGCUACGAGACAAAUUGAUUUGGCUGAAUUUGCUUCAAAUUUACCCGUUCAAACAAAUCUCAAAGUGGUUAUGCGUCUGGCUUCUAAAAAGUUAACAUCUGCAAUCGUCCUGCUUACACUAAAUUCGAUGAUUUUAAAGGAAGGCGAUGCCACUGAUGAAGAUAUGAUUUCGAUUGCAUCGCUUAUGUCAUUAAGUCGUACAGGAAGUUUUAAUGUUGGCAGUUCAUUGACUAUUAAUGACUUUGGUGGUAUAUCAGCAUUUUCACCAACGACGUCUAGAAUUACAGCCACAGAUGAUUCUAAUUCACAUUCCUAUUCAAAUAGCAGUUUUCAUACUGAUCUUAGUGAAUUAACUGCUAAACUACAAGCUUUAGAACGGCGUCAAAUAGAUCCCCUUGAAGAAUCUCCUGUAAAAACAGAUGGGAGUUUUUUGAAUAGUACUUCUGAUUCAACAAAUUCCAAAGCGAUGUCUAAUGAUUCAAAAAAUCAAGCUUCAUUGCAACCUGCGUGUGAUGAUAUUUUGGCCAAGCCAGUUAAUAAUAAUUCGUCCGUCAAAACAGCAUCCAAUUCAUCCGAAUUAAAAGCUAUGUCAACUCAAAGUCGAUAUGAUCUGCUUGUAUGGUGUCAACAAGUGACUAAAGAAUAUGAUAAUAUACAGAUAAUUGAUCUUACUACAUCAUUUCAAAAUGGUUUGGCACUUUGCGCUAUCUUACAUCACUUUUUCCCAGAUCGAAUUGAUUAUGAUUCACUGUCACCGGAUAAUGCUUCUCAAAAUUGUCGUUUAGCAUUUGAUGUUGCUUCUAAAUUGGGUGUACCUCGAAUGUUAGAUCCAAGUGAAGUAGUCUGUAAAACUCGACCACCUGAUCUACUCAGUAUGAUGACAUAUCUACAUCAAAUUCGAACAUUGUGCUGUGAACAAACAACAACAACAAAAAGUAAUAAUAAUAAUUCAGGCUCUACAUGUUCAAAUAAUGAUGGAUCAUUGUUCAGUGGAGUGCUUGAACAUUGUUUUGCUAAAGUUACCAAACCAACUCCUGUUGUUGCUGUUGAGGAGAAGAAGAAAAACAAUACAACAGAGUCAAUGCCAUCUAAAACAACGAAUAAUCAUCCUCAACAAAUUAAUGAUUCAACAGAUGAGAAAUUAAAUGGUACAGAAGAGAACUUGAACCAUCUUGCAGACAAGCCUGUAACAUCAACACCCAUUAAAAAAAAAAUUCCUCUAAUGAAUUAUGAGCAUAUGUUGGCUAAAGCACGUAGUCUGCUGCAACAAUCCCGUUCAAAUUAUUUAGCACCAACCAGCAGACCUGAUGCUCUACCACCAUUAGCACAUCCACGUAAAACUCAUCCUAUAUCUGGUUCACUGACAGCUAUUCAUUCAACAGAUGAACAUAUCAAUAGAAAUUCAAUUGAUGAUGGCAAUUUAACAAAUACAGCUGAUGGACAAAGUCAUCGAUUCAAUGAUGCCAAAUUAUCAACAAAAACAUCAUCGUUUGAUGGGUUGGUGUCUAUGCUAUUCAAGACCUUAUCAACAGAACGUCGCAAAUCACAUCGAACAUUGUAUAGAUUUAAUUCAGACGGUACAAUAUGUAUACCAAAUGCUGAUGCAUCGUUGAAUUCUAAUUCGAAAUCAUUUCGAUUUUCAACCAGUAAUAUUUUUCCAACGCUUGGUAAACCACAGUCAUCGGUUGAUGCAAGUUUCUCUCCAGAACAAAUGAAGGUACGCCGUUUACGCUUAUCACAAAUGAAUCUCUUUGCCUCUGGUCGAGGCAGCGGUGCACCAGUACCUAUACGUAUCGGUGAACAUCGUUUAGACUGUAAAUCGGAUAAUCAAUGUCACAUACCUAAUUUUAAUAAAACUCAAGUCUCUACAGUAGUCAACAACAAGAACAACAACAACAACACUCCAGUGAAUACAGAUCUGUCUAUUUCAAAUUACAUCAAUAAUGAACAAGCUGAAUUGGAAGAAGCACAGAAACAAUUAGACAAAGAAGCAGCUGACUUAGAGAAACGGUUACGUCAACAGAUGGCACGUGAACCUGGUACAGCAUUAGAAGAAGAAUUGUUAAGAAGAUGGUUUCUUUUAGUCAAUAAGAAGAAUGCAUUAAUCCGUCGUGGUAUCCAGCUAAAUAUUAUGGAGAAGGAAGACGAUUUAAAGAAGAAAAUGCACAUGUUGCAGGAUGAAUUAAGAUCAAUUCUAUCUGUUGAAGAAUAUUUGAAAACAGACAGUGACCGGAGACGAGAAGAUCUACUUUUACGUGAUCUUGUACGAUUGGUCAAUGAACGUGACGACAUGAUUCAAGAACUCGACCUACAUGAGAAAGCGCUAGCUGAAGAGCUCGAGUUGGAACAGAAUACAAAUAUGAUAUCGCCCAGAAGACGUCGAAUUGAUAAAAGCUGUGUACUACAAUGA